GUAUGUAGGCUCCCUAGUAGAUUGUGGAGUUCGGUGCACACAAUUUUUUUUUGUAUUCAUACGCGAUUUUUUUUUAUUCGAGCGACAGCGAACGCGGUUCAGUUCAACGCUGCGGCGCUUGGCGUUUGGUGCGUUCGAAUUUUUGCCAUUCGGAAGUGUUGCGUUCGCCUCUGGCGUCAUGGGUCGAAAGCAGGCUUCCUACGGCGAGCGAAAGCUAAAGAAGUCCCUGGUUGAGAACACUCGUAAGCGACAGUGUGUGGAAGCUUCGCACGUUGAGGUUCCUGGUGAGAUCGUGCCAUUGUGUUCCAGGCCGGAUGGUUUUGUUAGCGAGAGGAGUGAAGGUGGUCCUCAAGCCGCGACCGUGCGAGGCUCGCCGGUGCGGCCCUUGAUCCCGCGCGAGGGGAUCGACAUGUGCCACGCCUGCACGAGCGUGGCCUCCGGGGAGCCCCAGAUCUGGGUGGGCAAGGACAAGGCGUUCACUUUCGACCACGUCUUCGACUGCCCCACCCACCAGGAGCGGGUCUACGACACCUGCGUCAAGGCGCUGGUCGAAGGAUGCUUCGACGGCUACAAUGUCACGGUCCUUGCCUACGGCCAGACUGGGUCCGGGAAGACGUACACGAUGGGCACUGGGUACGGCCUGAACCUGGACGAGCACGAGCGGGGCAUCAUUCCCCGGGCGGUAGAUCAGCUCUUUGCCGGCAUUGCUCGGCGCCAGGCGGAGGCCCGGGAGAAGGGGGCCCCUGUCCCGGACUUCAAGGUUCACGUCCAGUUCAUGGAGCUUUACAAUGAAGAAAUCUUUGACCUCCUGAACUCCGGAAAGGACGAUCAGGGAAGCAAGUCUCGCAUCAAAAUCCACGAGGACGUGAAGGGCGAGAUCUAUUCCAUAGGAGUGGCCACUAAGACCGUUCAAAAUGCCGAACAGGUGAUCAAGUGCCUCGAAUCGGGGGCCCUCUCUCGCACCACGGCCAGCACGGCGAUGAACGUCCAGUCGUCCCGGUCCCAUGCCAUCUUCACCCUGCACAUCAAGCAGCAGCGCGUCGUCACCCUACCACUGCUGGAAGGUGCGGAGGAGGAGGAGGACAGUGGAGAGGCCUUGAGCGAGUUUGAGACCCUGAUGGCCAAGUUCCACUUUGUGGACCUGGCCGGAUCGGAGCGGCUCAAGCGGACUGGAGCCACGGGGGUCCGGGCCAAGGAAGGCAUCUCCAUUAACUGCGGCCUCCUGGAUCUGGGGAACGUCAUCUCCGCACUGGGCGACGCCUCCGGCAAGAUCUCCCACGUCCCGUACCGGGACUCGAAGCUGACCAGGCUACUCCAAGACUCGCUGGGCGGGAACAGCCGCACCCUGAUGAUAGCGUGCGUGUCGCCGUGUGACCGGGACUUCAUGGAGACCCUGAACACGCUGCGGUACGCCAACCGUGCGAAGGACAUCAAGAACAAGAUCACGGUGAACCAGGACAAGUCGAGCCAGACUAUUUCCCUGCUCAGGCGGGAAGUGCAAGACCUGCAGCUGGAGCUCAUGGAGUACAAGCAGGGCAAGCGGCUGGUGGGAGAGGACGGUGUGGAGCAGGUCAACGACAUGUUCUACGAGAACACGAUGCUGCAGACGGAGAACGGCAACUUCCGCACGCGGAUCAAGGCGCUCCAGGAGACCGUGGAGCGGCUGACGGUGAAGAACACGGAGCUGCUGGCGGAGCAUGAGGCCGCGGCCUGGAUCGGACGGGACGGUUCGGACGCCGGGGACGUGAAGGUCCUCAUCCAGGGCUACCUCAAGGAGGUGGAGGAGCUCCGGACCAAGCUGCUGGACUCGGAGGAGGUGUGUGGCCAGCUGAGGAAGCAGCUGCAGCGGUCGCAGGCCCGCCUGUUGCCGAGCCCCACGACGGUGGCCGUGAGCGGGGUCUACGACGUGGGCGCAGAGGAGGCGAGCGUGGACGACAUGCUCGCCCAAGCCAAGAGGGACGUGGAGUGCCUCACGCGCAAGACCAAGCACCUAUCCAGGGCACAGAGAGAGGAAGAGGAAAGGGAGAAGAAGUCUGAUGCGGACGAGGGCACGGCCGAGGCCAGCGGCAACGACGAGAGCUCCGAGUCCGAAGUGGAGGCCGACGAGGACGAGAGGUACAGCCAGGACCUGGUGAACCUGACGAUGGAGAUCUCGUGCAAGCAGAAGUUGAUAAAGCAGCUGGAGCAGAGCCAACGGCGGCUGCACACCACGCGCAUCCACUACGAGGAGAAGCUGGUGCAGCUCCAGGCCCGCAUACGGGAGACAGAGCUCGAGAGGGACCGCAUCCUCUCCAGCGUGGGCAGCGCUGGGCCCUCGAAGGACUGGGAGGAGAAGGUGCGCAAGAUCCGGGGGGACUUUGAGCGCCGGCUGGGCCAGCUGCAGGGGGAGCUGAAGAAGAUGCAGGCGGCCAGGCGGGAGCACGCCCAGCUCAUUAAGAACCAGGCCGAGUACGAGCGCCAGGUGGGCAAGCUCAAGCAGGAGGUGGCCGACAUGAAGAAGACCAAGGUGUCGCUCAUGACGAAGAUGAAGGAGGGGAGCCGUUGUCACCAGGAGGCGGAGAAGCGGAGGCAGCGUGAGGUGGCCCAGAUGCGCAAGGAGAACCGGCAGCAGGAGAACCGCAUCCGCUCCCUGGAGGCCCAGAACCGCACCAAGGAGAUGGUGCUCAAGCGGCGCCACGAGGAGGUGGCCGCCCUCCGCCGCCAGGCCCACCCCAUGUCCAGUCGCGUGGCGGGACGCCUCGGAGGGAAGUCUCUGUUGGUCUCUCCCAGGGUGGCCAAGCAGAAAUGGCAGACGCUCGAAAAAAAUAUUGACAAGCUUGUCCUGAGCAAGCAGAACAUCUACACCCUGGAACGGGACAUGGAGCGUUGGCUCAUGGAGAGGGAGAAGCUGACGCGACACCUUGACAAGCUGAUUCGCAAAAGAGACAACGCUCGGCUUGCCGGGAAGGACGAGCGCUAUGUGCACGACCUGGAGGAGCAGGUGGAAGGGCUGCAGGCGAAUGUGCAGUAUGUGAACAUGGAGAUCACAGACUGCCAGGCCAACAUCCUGCAGCUGGAGGAGCCCAAGGAGGAGCUGCUGGACGUGGCCUCGCUUCUGGACGGGACCGAGUCCCCUCAGGCACGCUACCUCUUUGACAAGCUGCUGCACAUGGCCAUCAACCAGAGUGUUCAGGCAAACCAGCACCAGGCGGUGGUGCAGGAACUGGAGGCCAGGCUGCGGCAGGUGGAGGCCAACAAUGCAAUGAACCACGACCUGCUGGAGCACAGCCUGUAUGCCAUGCAGAUGGACGUGCUUGCCACCGAGGAAGCAGCGAGCACUCCCAGUUCGCGGUCCGUGCCUCCCACCCUGACCUUCACGGCCGCAUCAGAGGUGGGCAGCCUCGACACCAGCAACGUCACCUUCCGGAGAAGCAAGGCGCGCCGCAAGACGGCCACCCCUCAAGAGCUGCUGCAUCCGUCCACCAUGAAUUCUUCGCUGCCGUCGCUGCCUCAGACGGAGGAAGCGUCGACAGAUGCCCCUCAUGCCCUGCCGGCGAUGGAGGACGUGAUGGCCAUGUCGCAUCCCGACGGGGCCUGCUUUGACCUCGGACCCGACGGGAACCUGACCAGGGUUUCCAGUGCACCGGGAUCCCUCGAUUCGCUUAUGGUGCCGGGCUCAAAUUCAUCGUCCUGGCGGUAACCUUUGCGUCGAUGAACACUUUGGGCACCAUCGUCUUCGCUGGAAACCAAGGGCACACGAGCUCGGCAGCUGGUCAUUUUUAUCUUUUAACGGGCAUGUCUAAUUUAACGAACAGCUAGUGUGUUCUCAGAGCGUUGUUUUUUUUUUCUAGCAAGAUUUGGUAAGAUGCAAUCAACCCUAGCACUCCACGGGCUUUAUAUAACAGCGUGGAAUUUUUUAUUUAUAUAUUGGUUAAAGAAUCCUAAGGUGUUCUUAUCGGAGGUGGAUAUUUAAAUAAAAUGCUUAUUUGCAUGCUGCAGUUUAUGCUGCAGGGGUGAUGGUCGUGGUGGCUGUCGCAUGCAAAAACAAAGGUUUCACUAAGCAGUGUGACGAUCGUGCUUGCGCCAGGUUAGUAAGGCUCACGCAGGUUAAUUGAGACAUAUAUAUUUGAGAACCACCACCUAUUAACAGUUUAUACAUGUGACUAUCGACUUUCCAAGAUCGCGCAUCCUCUAAAUUUAUACAAUAAACAACUCUUACAAAAAGCUU